AUGUCAUCCAACCCAGCGCCUAAGCCCACCCCUGAGCUGUGCGGACGGUGCAGCGUCCUGUUUUCUGUCCAGGGGCUCAGCGAGAUUUACACUACCUCUCAAGGCCGGUUCAGGCAUUCCCAACUCGAAACCUUCGAGGACCGCGUCGACUGCCGCUUCUGCCGCUUUCUCUGGGAAGAGGACCUGAUCGGGGCCAACACGCAACCACUCGCUUUCCGCCGUCUGCGCGAUCUGGUCUAUCCCCCGCAAAGCGCCGCAAGAAUACAUAAUGCCAAAAGCUUCCCGGGAUCGUGGGUUGUGAUCCGCUGCGAGAAGUCCGUGGCUGUCCAGGGACAGGUCGACUACCUCCCGCUCCCUUCCUCGCUGGCGACGACGAGUGAGAACUUGUCUGCUAGCGCUUUGAGCCUCAUGUGCGUGAGGAUAGAGAAUUCCAAGGGUCGCAUGCUGUGGGAGUUCCCCUUCUUUUAUGUCACGGCAGCUCAGGAUGAUCCAUGCGCUGCCCUGACACCUUUCAGGCCCCUGGAUUGGAACGGGUUGAGUCCUAGGUCGGCGCCGUUAUUAAAGGCUCUGCUAAACAGGUGUGAGACGGCCCAUUCCCGCUGCGAGCCCCUUGUCCCCCAACCACUCCCAACCCGGCUGGUCCAUGUCCCGAGGGACUACCCAUCGUCUCAAAGCAUCAGGCUUCAUGUCACACCAAAAGGUGGCCAACAAGGGCAGUACAUUGCCCUAAGCUAUUGCUGGGGCGGACCGCAGAAGUUCAGCCUGAAGCACAGCAACCUCGACGAGCUCCAGCACCAGAUGACACCCGUUUCUGGCCUGCCGCGGACUCUCCAGGAUGCUAUCGCCGUGACCUACCAUCUCGGGUUCGAGUACCUGUGGAUCGAUGCCUUGUGUAUCAUCCAGGACAGCCCCUCAGACAAGCGCGACGAGAUCAGCCAGAUGCAGCACAUCUACGCCAACGCGGCCGUCACCAUCGUUGCGGCCACAGCCAGCUCCGUCGAGCAGGGCUUCCUAACCAGCCACGCCCAGUUCAGCAGCCGACACCGCUCCGUCUCGGUGCCGAUGACACUGACCCCCACAACUGCAACCCCAACCCCUACCUCAACCACCACCACCCCCAACCCCAACACGAGCAUAACAGCAGGCACCCUAACCCUCACACCCACCCACCACCCCUCAACAACCUCCUUCCCCAUCAACCACCGCGGCUGGACCUACCAAGAAGCGCUGCUCUCCUCCCGCCUGCUGACCUUUGGCGACCUGGAGCCCUACCCUGCGCUGCCACACCAAGGAGGCCACGCUCGCGGCGCGGACGGCGGUCCGACUUCGAGGGACUUUGAGAUCUUGAAGGAGGGGUGGGAGGAGGUCAGGCUGGUGGUCGGUAAUGCUGGUGUUGGUACAGGUACAGGGGGUGCUGGUUCUGAGACAGGAGGGGAAGAGGUGGAGGAUGGCGGGGGCAUCGUGCUGCUCGAGGGCGGGGCGAGCAUAGAUUUGCGGUUGGAGUUUCGGUGGCCCGGGCUGGUGGGCCAGUAUACGCGGCGGGUGCUGGGGGAGGUGGGGGACCGGCCGCAUGCGAUUGCUGGGGUGGUGGCGGCGCUGGAGGGGGUGACGGGGGAUAAGUGCGUGUAUGGGGUGUGGAGGUCGUGUGCGGUCGCGUGUUUGCUGUGGGCGGUUGUGGAUGGGGAGGGGCCGGGGGAAGUGCUGCGUGUGAACGGGGGGCUGCUGCCGACCUGGUCGUGGAUGUCGGUGACGGGGCCGGUGGAGCUGGAUCGCGUCGAGUAUAUGAAGGUGGCGGAGGCGGUGGUUGAUUGGACUGCUGGUGGUGAUGACAAGACGUUGUGUAUGUCGUGUCGUGUGCUGGAGGAGAGUGAGGUGAUGGGCGUGGCGCCGCUGCUCGUCUAUUGGACGCUGGAUGUGGGCAAGCCCGUGUCGGCGCCGCCAUCUCCGAGUAAUUGGCUUAGACCGCCGGUGAAGGAGCCCCUGUUUUUCUUGGUCAUUGCCCUGCAGAUAGACCAGACGUUCCUUGCGCUGGUUACUACGGCGGCUGGAGGUGGGGUUUAUCACCGUCGAGGGCUGGCGGAGCUGAAGAGCUCGAGCGUGAUUACCUCAAAACCGCGGGAGAGCAUCUCCUUGAAGUAG